AGAGGGAGGGAGGGAGGGAGGGAGGGAGGCAGGUCCGGCGGCUCUCUCGGGUACCCCCAGCGGCGUAAGCGGGCGAGGAGAAAGAUGGCGACGCUGGGAGGCGAGUCGCAGCCUUUCCCCGCCGCUGCUCUGGCGGCGGCAACGGCCGGGGUGGGCGGCGGCGGCGGCGGCGGGUCGUUGGGUUUGCAGGCGCCGUUGAACCGUGGUCUGGAGCGGGCGUUGGAGGAAGCGGCUCAUUCCGGGGGGCUUAACUUGAGCGGUAGGAAGCUGAAGGAAUUCCCGCGCAGCGCUGCCGCCCUCAGUCACGACCUCUCCGAUACGGUGCGGGCAGAUUUAUCCAAGAAUAGAUUAACUGAGGUUCCUACGGAGUUGUGCCAUUUUGUGUCACUGGAAACUCUAAAUCUAUACCACAAUUGUAUUAAAAUUAUACCAGAUGCCAUAGUAAACUUGCAAAUGCUAACUUACUUAAAUUUGAGUCGAAAUCAGCUUUCUUCUUUGCCGGCUUGCCUAUGUGGUCUUCCUCUAAAAGUCUUAAUUGCAAGUAACAAUAAGCUAGGUUCCCUUCCAGAAGAGAUAGGUCAACUAAAACAGUUAAUGGAACUGGAUGUCAGCUGUAAUGAAAUCACAGCUUUGCCACAGCAGAUAGGCCAGCUGAAAUCUUUAAAAGAACUGAAUGUCAGAAGAAAUUACCUCGAAGUUUUACCCCAAGAACUAGUACAGCUUCCUUUGGUAAAGUUCGACUUUUCCUGCAAUAAAGUGCUUGUGAUUCCAAUUUGUUUUAGAAAGAUGGUGCAGUUACAAGUAUUACUGCUUGAGAAUAAUCCUUUGCAGUCUCCACCAGCACAAAUUUGUACAAAGGGUAAGGUGCAUAUAUUCAAAUACCUAACUGUACAGGCCUGCCAGAUUAAAACAGCAGACUCACUGUAUCUUAAUGCCAUAGAGCAACAACAUUUGCCACAACCAGUGGAAGAGAGCAUUGAUGACAUCUACCCAAGUAAAAAGGACUCAGAUUCAGGAGUUGGUAGUGAUAAUGGCGAUAAACGUUUGUCAGCAACAGAGCCUUCUGAUGAAGAUACUAUCAGCUUUAAUGUUCCAAUGUCGGACAUCGUGGAAGAAGAUCAGGUUGUGAAGGAAGAUUCAGGUCACCAUGCUAACUCAAGAAAAGUGGAAUUCCAUCAAGGAUCUUCUCACCUGAUUGUCAAUGAUAAGUCAAGAGAAACAGGAAACCAGUUUAAUGAAUCGGAUACUCUUACUACUGAAUUUAUGAGUUACAUUAAGAGCAGAGCAGCAGAAUGUGAUGAGUUAUUGAGAAUAGAAGAGGACACACAAUGGCAAACAGACGAAAUAAUAAAUUUAUCAGAAGACCAAACUAUUGAUAUAGCAAUGAUAGAACAACUAAGAGAAGCAGUAGAUUUAUUACAAGAUCCCAACAGAUUAAGCAUGGAUAUUUCAGAGAGCAGUGGUGUGAAUCUGUAUCCCAUGGAACCAGCAACAGCUUUAGAAUUUCAGGAGUCUACAGUAAACGGUCAAAUGCAGAUGGAGAAGUCUUCCCUUGGUCAGAGUUCUAUUUCCAGUGAUACACAGUCUGAAGAGUUGUUUAUUGUACAGAGAGAAAAUGCUGAAGAGGAACUAGAAUUUCAGAGGAGGAGGGAGCUGAUUAUGGAGAAAGCAAAGUCUGAAGUGAGAACUUGUGAACAGGCUGAAAAAUGGUCAUUGAGUCAGAAUGAUCUAAUUGUUUGGAAUACAAGUGGGCAAACCUCUCACAAUGAGAACAAGGAUAAAAGUCCGACAACGUCUCCUACUACAAACACCACGAUCCCUUUUGGCCUGAAGCCGCGAUCAGCAGACCCAUCCCUCAGUCUUCCUCCUAUCUCCUUCAACACACUUACACAGGCACAAACAUGGGACAACUUUAGCUACAGUAUCCCAUCUGAAGGAGACAGUGACAAUGUGUUCUUAAGACCACAAAGAAAUUUGGAAUCAAUAGACCCACAAUUUACAAUUCGAAGGAAAAUGGAGCAGAUGAGAGAAGAGAGAGAGCUUGUGGAACAGCUACGUGAGAACAUUGAAACAAGACUAAAGAUUUGUUUGCCCGAAGACUUGGGGUCUGCUCUGAUGGAUGGUGUAGUUCUCUGCCAUUUAGUAAAUCACGUUCGUCCUCGGUCUGUAGGAAGUAUUCAUGUACCUUCACCAGCAGUACCUAAACUUAGUAUGGCCAAAUGCAGGAGAAACGUGGAGAACUUUCUGGAUGCAUGUAGAAAACUGGGGAUACCAGAGGAGAAGCUCUGCCUACCACAUCACAUCCUAGAAGAAAAGGGCUUGGUAAAAGUGAGCAUAACAGUUCAAGCAUUGCUAGAUGUAACCACAGUGAAACAAGCUUUAUUCACAUGAAACUACUAUCUCUGCUGUUACCAGCUCCACUGUGCCAUCAAAGAAUCAAAAUCCUGCCCGUCUUUUCAAACUGCAUUGAAAAAAAAAAAAACCAAACCAGUGCUCCAAGAGUAUUCUUAUACUUGUGAUUUUAAAAUCAUCUUUCAGACUGUACAUGUGCGUUGAACUACAAAGCAGAAACUAAACAGAAACAUUUUCUAGAGCAAAUGGGCGCUCCACUGCUUUUAUAGCUCACUUAGUAAGUACUUUACAAAACCAGCCACCCCUCUGCCACUUAAAAAUGCGUGGAGUUCACAGCUGUCUUGCAGCAAGAUACCUUCGUAUUAUUAAACUAAGAAUCACUGUAAUCAUCUAGGGGGGAGCGGGGAGAGUAAAUCAGACUUCUACCAUGUUAGGUUUUUCUGCAGUUGCUUCAGGCUAUUGCCUUUUAAAAAUACUCGGACGUAAAAUAUUUAUAUAAAUAUUAUUUAUUAGUGAGUUGUUAUUCAUCCUUUGGAUGCAAAAUGUAAAUUAGGAAACUGUAUUUUAUUACUGCUUUUUUGUGGUUAAACACUUUAUUUUAAUAUAAAUAUUUAGUUAUUUUUUAUUCCACUUGGUGUGCAGUAGCUCUAGAUCUCCGUAAAUUGUAUUUUCUAAUAUGUAAGAUACAAAGCAAACAAAAUAGGUGCUUUUAUUAAAAGAACAGCUAGCUGGAAUGGCAUUCUUUAUUUCUUGAAUUUGUGGAACAUUGGUAAGAAUUUGUCUGCGUUCCACUGAGUUCCCUACAUUCCAGUAGCACUUUUCCUCCCACUAGACUAAAUUGGCUGAACCCGAGCACACCCAUUUUAUUUGUAUAUAGAUGUUUAAAAAAAAAAAAAAGGAAAGAUGUAAACUUGAAAAAUAAAUGUGAACAAAUAUUUUUGAUUGCUUAUUUUACUAUGCACAAGACAUUUAACUUUUGCCACAACAAAAUGAAUGAUGUCUAUUAGGAUCAUGUGUCUUGAAAUAUAAUUUUGCACUGUAACUUGAUUUCUUUUAAAGACUACAGCACUACAGAACAAAUAAUCAAGAAUAGCACAAGAACAUUACUGAGAAGAUUUACCAAAAGUAGCCAAAAAAAUUUUAAUUGUUUUCUUUUCAGUGAUUCCUUUGAGAGGAGAUAAAAUUCUUAAAAUUGCCAAAGGCAGUGUCAAAGACCUGAUCUUCCAGAUAGAACCUGCUGGGUACAGUGCUUCUCCUUCUAGUCUCCGUCAUCUCCCACAGAAUUAAGUACAAUGUUCUGUAGUGAAUGUUUGCAGGAUCAGACCUCUAAUCCCACAUCAGCAAUAGGAAAUAAAUAAGGUUCUUAUCACAACUUUAAAUUUCUUGAAGAGAUUUUUAAAAGCAUAAUUUAUUGUUAAAACAUCACGUUUUAGAUCAAAAAGUUCCAGCACAGCCACUGUCACAGUAUCUGGACCAUCCAGUUUUCUUUUGUAGGGAAAGCCAGUGAUGGAACUUUGGCAAGCAGUUCAGGAAAGCUGCAUGUGGCAAAAAGGGCGAGCUGCGAGGGGUCAGCGGUGCGCGCAAAUUCGAGACACGUAACAACAGAAAAGAGGCAAGGUGGUGGGAGGACUGAAUAUUUAAGCAAGAGAAGGUGGAGAGAACUACUGUAUAAAGACUUUUUGGAAGAAUGAUGCAUACUUGUCACUGCUAUAUAUCCAGGCAAAGUUACACACGUGUUCACAGACACUGCAUUUAAAACCACCAGUAUUCCACUAGCAGAUUUUUAAUGGUUAAUAGAGUAUUUGAAUGCAGACUAUGCCUUUUAAUACCACAAAUUGCCAAUGUGCUGCUAUGUAUUGACAGCCAUGUGUCAGGAAAGUGGACUCACAGACAUUGAAACAUGUAAGUAUGCAUGAAAUAUCCAGUUACUUCAACCAAAGCAAAAGCGUUUCUUUUACAGAGGGAACAUUGACUUAAAUUGUAAUUUUGAUUGGCAGCUAGCAUACUGUUACCUAUAAAAUGUACUGUGCACUUUAACACUAAAUUAAAAUGUAUUUUAAUAUUUUACAGAGCUGCACAAAUACCUGUUUUGUCAAAAAGCACGAGCAAUGUAAAGAAAAUAAGUUUUCAAGUCAGAGUUUAUCAAAUUUUAAAAGCAUUCAAAGAUCAAGUAUAAAAAUAGGAAUAUUGAUUUCUGCAUCGUGAGGGAUAAAAUGCAGGUUUCCUGAGUAUUUUUUUACAAUGUAUAUAUGGCACCAUGAAGCUUUGUAAUUAUUAUUUUGACAAAUCUUGUUUUUUCAUAAUUAAAAUUCUGUUUUUCUCCCAAUAGUGUCUUUCAGUAUUUGCUUGAAGUUGGCUGUAAAUAAAUAGCUCUAAAUAUUUUGUAAUACAGCUUUUUUAUGCAGUCUUAACCUGUACAGCUAAAGAGAGAAUCUUCAUGAAUCUUUGUACACUAUUUAUAUGUGCAAUAAAACCUGCAUGGCAAAUCUCUAAUACCCUAAGCAGUGAACAUAAUGUAUAUAGAAAAUCUUUACUGUAGUUACAAUUAAACUAUAUUAUUUGUAGAAACCCUGCAA